AUGGAACCCACCACAAGCCGAGUUUAUGUAUCACGACAUGUCUAUUUUGUUGAGAAUAAGUUUCCUGGACAACAUUGUUUCCGUGAUCUUUGUGAAGAGACUGGUGCUUGGUAUAAUAUUGAUAGUGGGCCUUUAUCUGAAACGGUACCAUUUCCAUCAAAUAAUAAAAAACUCCCUUCUCAAUCUGAUAUUGGGUCUUUGUCGGGUGUGGGUAUUCAAGUUUCUAGGGAUUUUGGUUCUUCUACACCGAUUGUAGCAUCUGUUCCUAUAUCUGAUUCUAUGUCUUCUCCAACGUCUACUUCAGAUUCUUCUAAUUCUAGUUCAACCUCUUCUCAACCAGUUUCUGCAAGUACAAAUUCCAGUUCUGCGUCGUCCAUGGAAGAGUCUCCUGUUUCGUCUCCUGUGUCGUCUCCUGCAGCAGCUGUGUCGUCUUCUGUGUCUACAAUGUCUAGUGAGUCUCUAAAUUCUUCUAUUGCGUCUUCGGUUGAGUCUGGGUCUUCUGAUUCGUCUUCUACGGUUCCUGUUCGUACUCAUCCUAUGGUCACACUAAACAUCCUUUACCCGAAUCUGUUCCUUUACCCGAAUCUGUAG